GUGAUUUAGCGGGUAACGAAAUUCAUGUCCACGUUGGUCAGUGAAAUUACAGCUUUGUCUCUUGUCUCGGUUGACCAGAGACGAUUAGCAUGUGUGAUAACGUGAGUCUGGUCUGCGCUGUGUGCAGGAUGGGCAUAUACUCGGUUUGCCGCAGGCUCUGCUGUAAGAAGCCCCCACCAGAGAAGCCAGAGUUCAGUAUUUUGUGUGUGGGGCUGAGCAAAUCCGGCAAAAGUUCAGUGUUGUGUGUUCUAAGCGGAGAAGAUGUAGAUGCUAUCGAGCCAACAGUGGGCUUCAGUAUAAAGGCAGUGAUUAUGGACAACUGUAUCCUUAAUGUGAAAGAAUUAGGAGGUGGGGACAGCGUGCGGCCUUACUGGGACAGGUACUUCCAGGGCUCUCAAGCUGUAAUCUACAUGAUCUCCAGCUGUUGUUCUGAAGAGGACUUGGACGUUAACAAAACAGAGAUCAGCAAAGUGGCAUCUCAUCGUAGCUUGAGGACGUUACCUCUUUUAGUGCUCAUUACUCAGGAGGAGAAGGAAGGGGCGCGGUCUGUCGACCAGAUUUCUCAGCGUCUGGACCUGCCAUCUCUAUCUUACAAGCGAUCACUCAUUGUACGGUCGUGUAAAACUAAUGAUCGCGAGGGUCUACGUGGAGCUGUCGAAAAUCUUUGUCAUGAACUGCUCAAACCAGAAGACACAGUGGCUGCAAGAGCAAAAGGAAAAGAAUCAAAUCAAAUUUGAUGUUAGUUAUUUAAGAAUUGCCCCUUCUCAGUCAAAAAUUUGAUACACAGAACAUCCAGGUGUUUUAUGAGUAAACUGUACAUGUAACUAAACAGUAAAUGGGAGUAGACAGUCUGGGAGUAAACAGUAAGUGAGAGUAAACAAUAAGUGGCAGUAAACAGUAAGUGGCAGUAAACAGUAAGUAGAGGUAAACAAGUGAACAUUGUUGUUAUUAAACAGUAUGUGUAAAGUGAAGAGUAAGUCUAUUAAAGUGGUAGCAAAUAGGUAUGGAAGAAAAAAAAAAUCAUUUUAUAUGGUUUUAGCAUUCCCCGCCUUCAUUAAUCUUAUUUUUAAUUGUAUAUAUUUUUCCAACAUUUAGCCAUAUUUUUGGAGGUAUAAAUAGUUGCAUGCUUUAAAAUUUUACGCAAUUUUUUUGUAUAUUUACAUGUAAAUAUAUCUUUUUUUUAUUGGGCCAUGUGAUAUUUUUUGGUAAUUUGGUGAA